GGGGUUUGGGACUGAGGCAGGAGCCAGAUCCUGCUGAAUUUGAGAUGUCCCUUUAAUAACACUGGCUUGAAUCCCAUGCAUGGCUGCUUGGCCGCCAGUUCAGCUGCGGCUGAAGUUGCCUGCUGACUCACGCAGUUGCAGCCAGCAGGAACUGGGAACAUGGCUUCUGCAGCCGCAGCAGCACUCGUGAGCUGGGGAUUUCUGGAUUACAAGACAGAGAAAUAUGUGCUGACCAGGAACUGUUGGGUGGGCGUCUCCCAGAGGCUUCUGCAGCUGGGAGUGGUAGCCUACGUGAUAGGGUGGGCCCUCUUGGCCAAAAAAGGCUACCAGGAACGGGACUUGGACCCCCAGAUUUCUGUCAUCACCAAACUCAAGGGGGUUUCUGUAACCCAGGUUAAGGAGCUGGAGAACCGGCUGUGGGAUGUGGCUGACUUUGUGAAGCCAUCACAGGGAGAGAACGUGUUCUUCCUGGUAACCAACUUCCUCGUGACACCAGCUCAAGUCCAGGGCAGAUGCCCAGAGCAUCCUUCUGUUCCUCUGUCUAACUGCUGGGCUGAUGAAGACUGUCCCGAAGGGGAGACGGGGACAUACAGCCAUGGCAUAAAAACUGGUCAGUGUGUGUUGUUCAAUGGAACCCACAGGACCUGUGAGAUCUGGAGUUGGUGCCCAGUGGAGAGCGGUGCUGUGCCCAGGAAACCCCUGCUAGCUCAGGCCAAGAACUUCACACUCUUCAUCAAAAAUACUGUAACCUUCAGGAAGUUCAACUUCUCCAGAACCAAUGCUUUAGAUACCUGGGACAACACCUAUUUCAAGCAUUGUCUUUAUGAUCCACUCUCCAGUCCGUACUGCCCAGUGUUCCGCAUUGGGGACCUUGUGGCCAUGGCUGGAGGGGACUUUGAGGACCUGGCAUUGCUGGGCGGUGCUGUGGGCAUCAACGUUCACUGGGAUUGCAACCUGGAUGUGAAAGGCUCUGAUUGCUGUCCCCAGUACUCCUUCCAGCUGCAGGAGAGGGGGUACAACUUCAGGACAGCCAAUCACUGGUGGGCAGCCUCAGACGUGGAGGCCCGGAGCCUUCUCAAGCUCUAUGGGAUCCGUUUUGACAUUCUUGUCACUGGGCAGGCAGGGAAGUUUGCGAUCAUCCCUACGGCCAUCACAGUGGGCACAGGAGCAGCUUGGCUGGGCAUGGUCACCUUCCUCUGUGACCUGCUGCUACUGUACGUGGAUAGAGAAGCCGGUUUCUACUGGAAGACCAAAUAUGAAGAGGCGAGAGCCCCAAAGGCCACUCCCAACAGUGCAUAGACCGAGUCAGCUUCCUCACCUGCUAACCCUGCUGCCCAAGUGUCCUAGGACUGGUUCGCACCUGCCCCACGUCUGCUGCUGCUGGGGUCCAGGCAUCCACGCACCGGUGGCCUGUCCGGAUGGCUGUCAUCCACUGGCCUGUUCAUUCCCGAGGCUUACAUCCUCUCCCUGCUAGUUAAAGUUUAGGGCUUGGGAAGGAGGAGGGUUCUGGCUUGGGAACAUGGAGGACAAAGCUUUAGUAGGAUUGGAGAAGGGGUUGGGGUAAUUCCACCAGACUCCGCACGGAGACUCUCUCCUAGGUCCAGCCAGAGGGGGUGAGGAGUGGCGUGGUAAUGUGGCUGGUAUCCUUGGAACUUUACGUACAUCUGCCGGGGGGACUCUGCCAUCCAACUCGAGCCCCAGUCCCCGACCUGGUGCUGGUUACCAGGUUUCUCAGAAGCCUAAGGUGAGAGAAGUUGCAUGUCUAGGAUUUACUGCCAUCCAGUCAGUCCUGGCAACCUCAACCUACUCUGAAGCACCUGCCUGCCAGAGCCCUAACUCUGGCCCCAGCCAGAGUGCCCUAGUUUUGGGGUAUGAUCUCCAUGAAGCACACUGAGGUUCCUUAGGGCCGGUUGGUUCUGGAUCUAUAACCACGGGAGGCCUUUAUUCUUCCUUCAGUGAGACGUUCCCCAUGUACCAGAGCCCAUAGAAAGGAUGGCAAGGAUGAGCUGCAGAAACUUUCUUGGUCCAAGUGUGGGGCACAGUUUAGGAAGCGUGCAUCUGGGAAGUAAAGAGGCAGUUUUGUUGUGCGUGUGUGGUCACCGAGAGGAUAGCAAGGCUGAGGUGAAAACAGCUGAGAUCUCCAGGCUUUCACAGCCUCCACAACACCUUUGGAGUUCCUGGCUGCCACUCAGCUCUGGGGACUGUGGCCUGCAAAGGGCUAGGGUGGGAAGGCAUAGCUCCUGGAGGUGAUUCAUGUGGACACAAUAGUCCCCGGGGGGGGGGUGUCCAAAGAACCCUGAUAUUAUUUCUGAAGUAAAGUUUGCCAAAGCAA